AUGAUGACAAGUAAAACUAAUGGGAUUAUUGCAUUUAUCCAAAAAAUAAACUCUAAUAAUAAAGCUUAUAAUUAUAAACUGUUUAUUCAAAUUUUGUACGACCAACAAAAAAAAAUCAAUUUUUGGAAUGCUGAUAUAACUAGUUUAUAUUUAAUUAAUAUACUUCAUUAUCUAGCACUACUCGAUAAAAAUCAUUUGUUUACUAGCCAAUUUACCGAUUUUUAUUCUCAAUUUAAUAUAAUUAUUAAAAAUUGCAAUAAAAUCUAUUUUUAUUUAUUAGAAUUAAUUCCAAAAACUCCUUUAUAA